GUACAACUUCUAGAUCAGCCCACUCAACUAGCUGAUGUACUAUGCACUUGUUUAUCACAUCCAAUACAAGCAGUUCGUUUAGCAGCUGCAUCAUGUUUAAGACAGUUGGUUAUUGUUGUGCCAAGCCAACGCGUCCCUUUAUUAAAUAGAUGCUUACAUUGUUUACAGCAAUCUCAUAGAUACAGUGCUGAGACACUUUUAGGUGUUACUUUUGGUAUAACUGGACUUCUAGCUGGAGUUAAUUAUUCUAUUCUUGGUUUACCGAAUAAUAUACCGAACGAAUUGUUUAGCUUAGCUGAAGAACUUCUACGUGCUGCCAACCAAAAUAGCCGAUUUACAUUGGCUCGUACUCAAAGUGGUUGGAAUUUAUUAGCUGCUUGUAUAACUCUUGGACCGAAUGUUGUUAAACCUCAUUUACCUCGGAUGUUAUUAUUUUGGCGUAAUGCAUUUCCACGUAGUUUACGUGAGUUAGAAAUAGAGAAACAACGUGGUGAUGCUUUUACUUGGCAGAUUAUGUUGGAAUCCAGAUCUGGUGCAUUAUGUUCUAUACAAAGUUUUCUAGAAUAUUGUUCACCACAAUUACUUACUGAAGAAAUAAUUCAUCGUCUUUUACCACUUAUUGAGUGUGCAUUAAAUAUGCUUGGACAAAUGAGUGAUAUUGUUCGAAUAUAUGGAAAUCAUUUAAAAAUAAUUGCAGGUUUUAUUCGAUUACGAUUAUAUCGAAUUUUACUGUUAUUACCGCCUACAGCGUAUACUAGUUCUUAUAGUACAGUUUUACGUGAAUUAGUAGCUGAAUUCACAUUAACUGAUAAUAUGGCAAAUAUAACAACAUCGUUAUUGAAAUCAUUAAGUCGUUCUGAAGACGGUGUCACACUUGGUUCAUGUUUACAGGAAACAGAUCAAAAAUUAUUAGAAGAACAAGUA